CAGAACAGUUCCAGAUUGGGUUUAAGUUUUGGCCUUCUCAAUUCAGUUGCAUCCGCUCUCAGUUCCACAAGAUGAUUGCCAUUUCAAUGGCGCUCAUUCACCAUGUAUGCUCCAYAUCCGCCGCACGCGCAGUACGGCCUCGCCGCGUCGCCGCCGUGCCCUCUCGGAACCUCUCCACGUCCACAUCCCCUCGCGCACGCCCCCCUCCCGAAGCUUCGAAAGUGCUCAUCGGCUUGUCGGAGCAGGAGCUCCAACAGCUCGCUUUGGACUUCGGCCAGGAAAAGUAUAGAGGUAAGCAACUCCACCAGCUCAUUUAUAAAAGGAAGGUCAAGGAAAUUGAAGAGUUUACCAACUUGCCACAGGCAUUCAGGAAUGGUCUUCAGGAAGCUGGAUGGAGGGUGGGCCGUUCUCCUGUUUACCAGUCUGUUACUGCAUCUGACGGGACCGUUAAGUUGUUGCUGAAGUUGGACGACAACAGGCUGAUUGAAACCGUUGGCAUACCUGUGGAAGACAAAGACAAUAAAGGUUCAGUUCGCCUUACUGCUUGCAUCUCAUCACAGGUUGGCUGCCCAUUGCGCUGUUCAUUUUGUGCCACUGGAAAAGGGGGGUUUUCAAGGAAUCUUCAGAGACAUGAAAUUGUUGAACAGGUAUUUGCGAUUGAGGAUAUUUUCAACCAUAGGGUGACRAAUGUAGUAUUCAUGGGAAUGGGCGAGCCAAUGUUAAAUAUGAAAUCGGUGCUUGAAGCGCAUCAGUGCUUGAACAAGGACGUUCAAAUUGGACAAAGAAUGAUCACGAUUUCCACUGUGGGUGUUCCUAACACAAUUAAAAGGUUGGCGUCUCACAAGCUUCAGUCAACAUUGGCUGUCAGCUUACAUGCACCAAACCAGAAGCUUCGGGAGACUAUUGUGCCCAGUGCAAAAGCAUAUCCUCUCGAAGCGAUUAUGAAGGAUUGUCGUGAUUAUUUCCUCGAAACUAGUCGGAGAGUUUCCUUUGAGUAUGCACUUUUAGCCGGAGUCAAUGAUGCAGUAGAGCAUGCCGUAGAACUUGCAAAGCUUCUCCACGAAUGGGGGCGCGGUUAUCACGUGAACCUGAUACCUUUCAAUCCCAUAGAAGGCUCUGAGUAUCAGCGCCCAUAUAAGAAAGCAGUGGUKGCAUUUGUAGCUGCUCUAGAGUCCCGUAAAAUAACCGUAAGCGUUCGUCAAACAAGAGGCCUGGAUGCAAAUGCAGCUUGUGGUCAGCUAAGAAACCAAUUCCAGAAGGACCCUUUGGUUGCCGAUUCUGACAGCAAUCGGUCCGACGAAUCAGCUGUAGCUAUGGCUUGUUGAUACGCAAAAUUCUUAACUAUAUGCUAUUCGACCAACUUUAUUAUGUUGCAUACACCUGAUCCUUCUCUGUCUACCUGGAGAACCAUUUUCCUUUUUGUGGGACAAAGGCACCUGAAGGAAGCUUGAUAGAGAUGGAUAUGAAGGAUGGAGGCAGCCAGCAGCCACAGCAGCCAGCAUUUCCAGGUCUGCUUGUUCUACACUCUAAAUUCACUGGUUGUUGUACAUGGUCAUGAAGCUAAAUUUCAGAUACGGCGGAGUGUCGAUAGCGGUUGUGUGCAUUUAUCAAUAUUCGA